AUCUCCUGCGGCUCGUCGACUCCGCGCUCCUCGUCGACGGUGGAAAAUGGGUGUGGGGGCAAGGAUGGCGGCGGUCGCCUCGGCCUCGGCUACGAGUCGUCCGCCUUCGUCCCCCGCCCCAACCCCAACCUCCGCCUUUUCUUGGUUUCUACUGUUGCACCGAAUUUGCAGUCUAAUGUUUGCUAUUACUGUCUCAGCAUCCACCAUUUGAGACAAGCGAGGUGUUCUUGGCUUCCUGCUGCUGUUAUGCUCACUACCUUUUCCUUCUGGGGUCAGAUUGCACGUCUGCCCAAGCGGAUAGGUUCAGGGGAUACGUCUUGCGCGCGCAUCUCCAUCCGUGCGCCUUGCUUCCUUGCAGUCAGGCAGCGAUCUCCUCAAUUUAGUUUGGUUCACAGAGCAUCCUUCAAUUCCAAUCACAAUCAAUCGACAAGAGGUGCUGCAGGUACCAUUAUGGCUGAAAGGGAGUUGAUUGACAAAGAUAAACUUGUGCUUAGAGGUUUGCAGUUCCAUGGUUUCCAUGGAGUAUUACAAGAGGAGAAGACCCUCGGCCAAAAGUUUAUUGUAGACGUCGACGCCUGGAUGGAUUUGAGCACUGCUGGUGAGACCGACAACAUAUCUGAUACAGUUAGCUACACGGAUAUUUACAGAAUUGUCAAGGAUGUGGUCGAAGGCCCAUCGCAGAAUCUUUUGGAGUCAGUGGCUCAUCGGAUUGCAAGUGCCACAUUGCUCAAGUUCCCUCAAAUAUCAGCUGUCCGAGUGGAAGUUGGGAAACCUCAUGUUGCUGUACAAGGAAUUAUCAACUAUUUAGGUGUUGAGAUAUUGAGGUAUCGAAAGGACAUGCUAGGGAAUUCAUCUGGAGCUUCAUUAAGCUAGUGUCGUACCAAGGUUGAGCUUGAGCAGCAGGAAGCUCAACCUCUGUCUAUGGCGUCACUUGACUACUCAACAUUGCAUUUCUGCAGUUGUCUGUGUCACAACAAUUUGUAGUGAAUGUUGGCCUCAGAAGUUGUUUAGUUCAAAGUUAUGCUGGGGUUGAGGUCACGUGCACCAGGCGUGCCAAAGACUAAAGGUUGUUGUGUUGGAGGUUUUCGCCAAGAAUAGAUAUCGUUUUAAUUCCAGACUAUGCACCGGAUGAUUUCCAAAUCAUUAUGUAAUUCAGCACGUAUUUGCAUACUCAAUCAUACUUGAGUUGGGCAUUUGUACUGUAAUAAUGACUCAGGCUGUGUGCACUAUAUGGCCGGAAAAUUUGUUUUCCGUUAUCUAAAAAAAAUUGCUGGGGUUGAGGUAGGCAAUGUUAGAUUUUAAGCCAAAGCUUUGGUAGACAUGGCUUGGUGGAACUGGAAAUUUUGUUGAGGCCACUUGAUAUUUUACGUCAUUCGCCUUUGUGUACUGGUGUCUGAUCUGAGACGCUGUAAAUUUUGUGGCCUUUUUGUUCUGUGUCAUGUUUGAGCAAAUUGGAACUGUCAUGUGGGCCCCAUGUAGUGAGCUCAUAUUUCUUUA